UCGAGGAGAUCAAGUUAGAUAUUUCGGCUACCUCCUCACGGUAUCAUCUACUGUUCGCUACCAAAAACUACUAAACAUGCAGAAAUUCGUGUUAUUCGCUGCUUUCGUGGCAUGCGCCGCCGCCGCCCCAGGAGUUCUCCUUCAACAGACCCCAGUUGUUGCAGUCCACAGCCCAGUGGUUCACACCGUCCCAGUUGUGGGUUCCAAAACCACCAUCACCAAGAGCAGCCAGGUUGUCAGCCACGGAUCUCCAGUGGUGCACGCCGUCCACACACCUGUGGUCGCUACCUAUCCCGUGGUCAAAUCCGUUGUCACACCAGUGGUUCACGCACCAGUAGUACACGCCCCAGUGGUUCACGCACCAUUGGUUCACGCCCCAGUCGUACACGCUGUUGCCCCCGUUGUAGUCAAGACCGCCCCAUCAGCUGUUGCCCACAGCAGCUCAGUUGUACACCACUCUCCCAUCAAGGCUCUCCCCGUUAUUGCUAUCCACUAAUUUUUAUGACUAGGCUUUAAUAAACGAUUUACCUCCGA